UCCUCAUCAUAACACAAGAUACCCAAACAAAACAACCACCCACAACAAACACUACCAACAACAAACCAUCAUCUCUCAAUAUCUACAUUUGAUUUUAUUUGAUACCCACAUUGCGAAAUCAGCCCAACAUGUCUUCCAUCGUCAACAAGGUCAAGGACGCUCUUUCCUCCGACAAGAAGCACGACCAGCCUGAGGGCACUUCCGGCCCCCACACCAACCGUGCCGCCAACGCUGCCGACCCCCGCAUCGACUCUGACCGCGACCACCGCGCCAACCCUGCCGGCACCACUGGCACGCACACCGGCACUCACACUGGCACCACAGGUUCAGGCCUGACUGGUUCUCACGGAACUACUGGCACUCACACCGGCACCACCGGCUCCGGCCUGACUGGCAGCCACGGUAACACCACUGGCUCCGGUUUGACUGGCAGCCACGGUACCCACGGUACCACUGGCUCAGGUUUGACCGGCUCUCACGGAACCACCGGUACUCACACCGGCACCACGGGCUCCGGCCUGACUGGCAGCCACGGUAACACCACUGGCUCCGGUUUGACUGGUUCUCACGGUACCCACGGUACCACUGGUACUUCCGGUCUUACCGGCAGCCACACUACCGGCACUCACGGCGCCACUGGUUACGACGACCCCGAUGGUGUUCACGGCCCCCACAGUGGCCGUGCUGCCAACAAGGUUGACCCUCGCGUCGACUCCGACCGUGACCACCGCGGUGCCCCCGGCUCUGGUUUGACUGGUAGCCACGGCACCACCGGCACUCACGGCACUACCGGCUCCGGUUUGACCGGCUCUCACGGUACUCACACCGGUACCACCGGCUCUGGCCUUACUGGCAGCCACGGUACCACUGGCUCUGGUCUUACUGGCAGCCAUGGCAACACCACUGGCUCCGGCCUCACUGGUAGCCACGGUACCACCGGCUCUGGCCUGACCGGCUCCCACGGUACUCACACUGGCACCACCGGCUCCGGCCUUACUGGUAGCCACGGCACCACCGGCUCUCACAACACCCACGGCAACUCUAGCUUGACCGGCAACCCUAGCACCGGCGCCACUGGCGGUGUCUCCAACACCCACAACGCUGCUGGCCACGUUGGUUCCGCCGUUGCCGGCACUCACGGCACCGGCCCUGCCCCCAACACCGCCGGACCUCACAAGUCUGAUGCUCUCAACAAAGUCGACCCUCGCGUCGACUCUGACCUCGACGGCUCCAAGACCGUCGGUGGUAACAAGACCUACGCCCAGGACACCACGGGCGUUGCCAAGGACCCUACGGAUGCCGCUCAGGUCCCUCCCUCGGUGCUGGCUAAGCAUAUCGGUGAGCCCGAGAUUGCUCACGACGACCACUCCCACGGCCGUGCGAGACGCAACAGCAAGGUGUCAGCUCAGGAGCUGCACCGCGGACUGUAAAGGUUCUCAAUUAAUGCGAAGGAAUGGAGGGAUUGAUACCUAGUACUUGUUGUACACUAGCCUGAUAUGACUUAAUGAUAUUAGCAUCGUUAAACUGCUGCAA